AUGGAAGAGCUUGCGCAGUUCAAGCCGUGGUUUAUCGAAGAGCCCACUUCUCCAGACGACAUUCUAGGCCAUGCAGCCAUCCGUGAAGCCCUUAAAGACACGCCUCACGGCGCUAUUGGGGUUGCAACCGGAGAAAUGUGCCAAAAUCGUGUGAUAUUUAAACAAUUCCUCCAGUCAGGCGCUCUCUCUGUCGUCCAACCGGAUGCAUGUCGAGUUGGCGGCGUCAAUGAAUGCCUAGCCAUCUUACUACUGGCUCGUAAAUUUGGUAUCCCUGUCGUGCCCCAUUCAGGAGGCGUAGGCCUGCCGGAGUACACCCAGCAUUUGAGUACGAUUGACUAUGUGGUGAUGACGGGGAAGAAGAGUGUGCUGGAGUAUGUGGACCACUUACAUGAGCAUUUCGAAUAUCCGGCUCGGGUGCGGAACGGGUAUUACGUUACACCAAUGGAGCCUGGGUAUAGUGUACAGAUGAAGGCGCAUAGCAUGGAAAGAUACUCCUUUCCGGGGGAAGAUGGAAAGAGCUGGUGGAGAUCUGAAGAGGCGAAGCCUGUCCUUCAGCGUGCUCGUGUGGUUUGA